UAUGCCUAUUAUCUUAGUCCGUGCUAUGCACAGAUAUGUACCUUAAUUGUAUGAAAGUAACCUUAAAAAAUUUAACUAUUUGAAAAAUAAUCGGGGAUAACGGAAUUUAUAUUACAUUAUCCAACCACGACCACUAAAUUUAUUGACUAUCUAUCGUCGACCACUUCCAGUAUUCAUUCAUUGAGGUCGUAUUUAUUGACUAUUACAAAUCACCGAUAGUUAAAUUAAAGUUUGCUAAUGUUACGCAAAAUGUUGUUAUGUACUGACGUAUUUAAGUGAAUACAAACGUUGCACGUGAUCAAAAUAAUUUUAUAAUCGUGUUCUAUUUGGAUGAAAAAAAUUGAAUGUUUGGUUGAUUACAAUAUUUAUACAUAAUGGUUGCCAGUGUAGCAUGUGAUCUACCGCUUACAUGUGCUCUACCUGUGAUCUAAUCAUUACUAUCCAGUUCUUUAUCAGUAAAAAAGAGACAUACCUAUCUAUAUGCUUCAGUCACAUUUAGAUCUGUAUUGUUGAAAGGUGUGGCGGAAAAGUGAACCAGAUUGUUCAUUGCUUUUUUAUAUGUUAUUUAAAAAUUUCAAAUGAGUACUGAAUUUGUAGAAGGAUGGACAAUUGCUCAAACAUUAGGCGAAGGAACAUUUGGCGAGGUAAAACUUUUGAUAAACCCAAAUACAAAUAGCACUGUAGCUAUGAAAAUAAUUGACCUUAAAAACUAUCCUGAUGCAUUAAGUAUGGUAAAAAAAGAAGCAGCUAUACAUUGCAGAUUGAAGCAUUCAAGUAUUAUCAAGUAUUUUGGUCAGCGCCAUAGCAAAGAUUAUUACUAUAUAUUCUUAGAGUAUGCAUCUGGAGGUGAACUAUUUGAUCGAAUUGAACCUGACAUUGGAAUGCCUCAGUCUGAUGCUAAAAAAUUUUUUAAAGAAUUGCUUGCUGGAGUUGAAUAUUUACAUAGCAAUGGUGUAGCCCAUAGAGACUUAAAACCAGAGAAUUUAUUAUUGGACGAGCAUGGAAAUUUAAAAAUAAGUGAUUUUGGAUUAGCAACUAUGUUUUUAUGUGCUGGAAAACGGCGGAAACUAGAAAAAAGUUGUGGAACUCGACCUUAUUUGGCUCCAGAAGUUCUUUCACAUUUACCUUAUCAAGCUGAACCAUCAGACAUUUGGUCAUGUGGUAUUAUAUUGGUUUCUAUGCUUGCUGGAGAAUUACCAUGGGAGGUGCCAUCUGAUGAUGAUGAAGAUUAUAAACUAUGGAAAACUACUGAUUAUGCUAAUCAUUCACCAUGGAGUAAAUUAGAUACUUUAGCGUUGUCUCUUGUGAGAAAAAUAUUAAUACCAACACCAUCUAAAAGAUAUGAUAUAUCAAAGAUUCGAUCUCAUCAUUGGUUCAAAAAGACAAAAACAUGUGAUGAUAAAAAAGUUGGAGUUUCUACUUGGGCUGAUAGCGAUUUUGUUGAUGCCCGUACAUGUUAUUCUCAGCCUGCUCUUGCAGCUAAUCAAUUAGCUGUAUCCGUCCCACCUGAUGAAUCUGAAAUAUAUUCAUUUUCUCAACCAACUCAGGUUGAAGAUUUGUUAUUAUCUUCUCAAUUUUCGACAUCACAAUCGGUUCCAACAACAUCUAGAAACUCAAUACAAAAAUUAGUCAAGAGAAUGACAAGAUUUAUUGUAUGUUUAUCGCCUGAAGAUGCUCUAGCAUAUUUAUCGCAGUUUCUUUAUGAUUUAGGGUAUUCUUGUAAAAUCAAUACUACUGGAUUGAUUACAAUUACUACAACAGACCAGCGCUUAGUAUUUAAAUCCAGUAUCAUUCCAAUGAAUCAUCAAACACUAAUAGACUUCAGACUUUCAAGAGGUUGUGGUUUAGAAUUUAAAAGGCAUUUUGUAGCCAUUAAAAAUGGUAUGUCUAAAAUUAUUUCUAAAGGUCCAUUAAUGUGGCCUGUAGCUAUGGCAACUAAUACUGUGCCAUAAGAUUUUAGUAGCAUUAUACAGUUAAGACUGAUGUUUUAUAGAUAUAUUUUAAAUUAUUAUUAAUAUUAUUUUCUAUGCUGUAUUUAUUUUUGUAAAAAAAAAAAAAUCAUGUUUUAUUUAAUUAUAUUGAAUUGGAUCAUGUUUAAAAAAUAAUAGAAAAUUUGACCAAUUACUUCUAGAAAUAUCGCAAAAAAUAUUUUUGAAUACAUGGUUGUGUG